CAUCUAUAAAUAGACGAUUUGGGGUGCAUUUGUUUCUCAAUUCUUCAACCAAAGCAAAAAAAAAUAAAAAAAAAAAUACAUUGAUUCUAGCUAGAUAUCACAUACUUAAUAUAGAAAAGAAAAUGAAGGGCAUGCAUUACUUACUAGCUGUUGCCACAUUGGCUGUAGCAGCCUCCGUUGUGUCUGCCUAUGACCCAAGUCCUCUUCAGGACUUCUGUGUGGCAAUAGAUGAUCCCAAAAACGCCUUGUUCGUGAAUGGAAAAUUCUGCAAAAACCCAAAACUUGUAAAGGCAGAAGAUUUCUUCUUCUCAGGGCUUAACAUCCCGGGAAACACCAUGAACCCAGUCGGAUCAAACGUCACUACUGUCAACGUGGGCACCCUACCUGGCCUCAACACCCUCGGCAUCUCACUGGUGCGUAUAGACUACGCGCCCUACGGCCAAAACCCGCCCCACACUCACCCACGAGCUAGCGAGAUACUGGUGGUGGUGGAAGGAACACUGUACGUGGGGUUCGUGACCUCGAACCAAGCCGACGGCAAGAACUUGCUCUUCACAAAGAUCUUGAACAAGGGUGACGUGUUCGUCUUCCCGAUUGGACUGAUUCACUUCCAGCUCAACAUCGGAAAGACUCCCGCGGUGGCUUUCGCCGGUCUUAGUAGCCAAAAUCCGGGAGUUAUUACCAUUGCUAAUGCUGUGUUUGGAGCCACUCCUCCUAUUAAUGCUGAUCUUCUUGCUAGGGCUUUCCGUUUGGACAAGAAUAUUGUUCUUGACCUUCAGAAACAGUUCUGGUCUAGUAAUUAAUUGAUGAUUUGGAAUAGUGAAAGAAAGGAAAGGGAGUCUUGGAGUUUUAAUAAUAAUAAAAAGUGGAUAUACAUAUAUAUGUGUGUGCAUGAGAUCAUACA